ACCUUGCGAGAUAGGUCGCACAUCAUAGAUAAAUCUUCAGCUCCGGCUAGCCGUCGUGUGGGUGCAAGCUCUGCUGAACGUGUGUGCCGUCAUGGUUCGGGGAAAGACCGUGAUCAAGCGGAUCGAGGACACGACGAGCCUGCAGGUGACCUUCUCCAAGAGGAGGAGCGGGCUGUUCAAAAAAGCCAAUGAGCUCGCCAUCCUCUGCGAUGCUCAGGUUGGGGUGCUCCUCUUCUCUAGCACCGGCCGCCUCUAUGACUUCUGCAGCACCAGCAUGAAAUCUAUAAUAGAAAGAUACAACCAGACGAAGGAGGGUCAUCAACUCAUGAGUGCGAGCACCGAAUCUAAGUUUUGGCAAGCGGAGGCAGCACGAUUGAAGCAGCAACUACAUAACUUGCAAGAAGAUCAUAGGCAAUUGUUGGGACAAAAUCUUUCUGGCCUAGGAGUUAAAGACUUAAAGAGUUUAGAGAACCAGAUGGAAAUGAGCCUCCGUAGCAUUCAGCUAAAGAAGGAUCAGCUUAUGAUUGACCAAAUUCAAGAGCUAAACAAGAAGAAAAGCGUUUUGCAUCAAGAAAACAAGGAACUACGCCAUAAAUUCAACAGCAUUCGCCAGGAAAACAUGAAUUUGCAGAAAAAGAUAAGAGUAGAUGGGGGGCAGAAUAGUUCUGCCACUGACUACAAUAUUACGGUCCCAGAGGAGGAUGUAACUCCAGUUCAUCUUGAACGCCAACCACAGCACGUAGCCAAAGAGAAACCGGAAGCAACAUCCUUGGGCAGACUUCGACUGCAUUGAUUAGAAGAACCACCAGCAGACUUACAAGCAGGGGUUGACAUUACUAGAAGCACUAUCAGCUGACCUGCUACUGUUCAAGUGUGAAUUAUGUGUAAACAGUUGCAUGAACUGUAGUCCAUUUCUCAGUAUCUGUAUCAUUCUUUCACAUUAUAUUAUGUAUUUCCAGUGAAAGCAUGUUAUAACUGUCAUAUCUUGGAUGGAAA